GCGGGGAAUGGCUGAAGCUACGCCUGCGCCGCUAUAUAAAACAGCGGUGACAUCUGGUACCAAAGUAGCGCGAUGAGGGUCUGUCUUGUUCUCUGCUUUGCAGCCGUGGCUGUGGCGACAGUAGCGGCAGGGUACAGCCCCUGGCAGAAGGGCGGCUGGUGUCCACCGGACUGCGCACACAACUGCACGAUGGAGUGUCUCAACUGCAAGUGCCCCGGCGAGUGCUCACUGGAGAUGAACCGCGUGGUCGCUUGGUGUGACGGCGGAUGGGGUCACGAUCGCAAGGUGCUGCGCGAGUUCGUCAACUGCUGCGGCUGGCAGCGGGAAAUCUGCCUGUACGGGAGGGAGUGUGAAGCUGCACACCACGUGAUGAGCAAGCAUUAUUGAGCCACCAAUGGGGUGCCAAGAAAGGUCAUCCAGUUACCCCGUAAUCAGUGUUCCAUAAUCAUAAAAUGAAGCAAUAAACAGAGAUAUCUGAAAUCACA